UCAAACCCCACCUUCUUAGCGGAUGUUAUUUUAGGCAUAACCAUGAGCGAUCCGGUAACUCCGAUCCAGUUGCUGCUCAACGCCCCCACCAUCGUCACGACGCGCCACCGUGGCCGCCACCACCACUUCCUCUUCUUCUCGCCUCUACUCCGACCAUCUCCCAGCUCAGAUCUUGAAUCGGCCAACAUCAAAUGGUAAAUCGUUUCUAGAUCGGACUGAAGAAGGAGGCGCGGCGGUGGUUCUUGCUCGGAUCGACAUGGAGCGGUUGCCGUCGGUGUCGCUGCGACGGGACCCUUCUGGGAGACUGCCGAGCGCGGACCCGGUGGCUAUGCGGCCGUGGGUGUUAGCCUUUUGCGUCAUCCGCUUCGACCUGGAGCAGGGGCAGGUGGUGGAGGAAUGUUUUCCCCCGGAUGCGCUCCCUCAAAACCAACUCCUCCUCGUCGCCUUCUCCUCCUUUCCGGAUUCGAUGUCUCAUCACCACCUUAACCCUAACCCUAACCCUAACCCCGCCCGCCGGACCUCUUCAUCGUCCAUCCACGAUUCCAUCUUCUCCUUUCGCUUCCCCGCCGCAGCCGCCGGGGAGUUUAUCUACGGGUACGUCUUUAACCGGAGGCGCCAAGACGAGCGGCUCCGCCGAGGAGGCGAGCAGAAAUCUGUUGUCAUCCUCUCCGGCUGCCCUUACUCAUCCCUCUUCCGGCCCCUGCUCCAGAUCCUUGGACCCCUGUGCUUCGACAUCGGCCCCUCCGCCCUCGGUCUCGUCGCCUCUCACGUAGCCGCCUGGCCGCCCCCCGUUCCCGGUACCCUCAUGGACCUCCCUAUUGGAAGCGCCGCUCUCCGGGUACAUCUACCACCGAAGCCCAACGAUCCGGCCGCUCCUUUCCCUCCUACCAACCCCACCGUGCCCCACGGUCUCUUCCACGACGCUGACCUCUUCGGAAGCUUCCGCAGCCUCCUCCUCCACCUCUGGACUCUGUGGGAACUCAUGCUCGCUGGAGAGCCCAUCCUUGUUUUCGCCCCCACUCCGCCGCAGUGCUCUGAGGCCGUCGCCGCCCUAGUAAGCCUGGUUGCACCUCUUCCUUUUGCGGUUGACUUUCGGCCUUACUUCACCAUCCAUGAUCCCGACUUCGCCCGGCUCAAUUCUCUCGGCGAAGGAGAGGCGUUCCCUCCAAUGGUCCUUGGAGUUACCAACCUCUUCUUCCUAAAGACCCUUCGUAACAUUCCUCAUGUCGUUUCUGUGGGAAGCACCGGCGCUAAUGCCACACGGAAUCUUUCUGCUGGAGGCCGUUUUGCUUCAACCGGGGGCAUCGGGAACAACUUUGGGCCGGGAAAGCUCAACCUUGACCAGCUCUCCCUGAAGAAGUUUUCCCCUUCUGGCUUCCUGAAUGCGAUGAAACUGAGAAGAGAAGGUCCACUAUGCCUGAUGACGGAGCACAAGGAAGCUGUUUGGAGCCCCCACGCAGCCACAACGAAGCCAGACACUGCAGUUCUUAAUAGGCUGAUUGACUCUCCCAGGGUUGAGGAGUCUAUGUCAGUGGCAAAUAAUGAGAUAUUGCGGCGUCAUUUUCUAGAGCUCACGACAAACUUCCUUGCUCCUUUCGGUCCUUAUUUGAGGGCAACCACCCCUUUAGAAGGAGCUUCUCCUUUUAUGGAGCCACCGCCUUUGCCUCCGUUUGAUGCUCAUGAAUUUCUCAAUGGGUUGGCCACUCGAGGGCCGGGGAAGUUCUUGUCAAAAAGGAUGAGGUCGAAUUGGCUGGAGCUGUACAGACGGUUUUUGGAAGGAAAAAAUUUUAUGCCCUGGUUCCAAAAGAGGCGGGCAGUUGCAGAACAAGAACAACACAGGUUAUGGAAGCAGGCUCGGUUGAACACUGACAUAAAUAAGCUUAUAUCUACUAUGUCUGAAGUGGAGACUGUUGAUUCUUUCAAUGCUAUUGAGAGACAUUUGCUCGCAGAGAUACAGCAACAGGGAUCUGCUACUGAAAACUCUGCAACAACAUGCGAGAAGCUGAAAGGAGACCUUCGAGUUGUAUUUAAUAUGCUUCCAAAAGACAUGCAACAGCUCAUGCUUUCAAAUCCUAAAAGGGCUGCUCUCCUAAAGGCCAGCAUAGAGCCAGUGAAGACUCCUAAGCAUUCUGCUAUGCGGUGGAUCAGUAGCUGAGUCUUGAACGAGCUUGAUCCCUUUGUUAUGUUCAUGGAGGAACUAGACGUCAAAGGGCAAAAGGUUCAAAAAUGAAAGCACAGGAGAGAAAACAGAGAGGCAAGUGAGGAGAAAGAAUCAGGAGCAGGCCAAAAGUACCCACAUUACUUGAGCUGAGUCUUCUCUGUACGUUAUAAUGAAUGUGUAAUUCGAUUCUUUGGAUCAAGUUUUUGGAGCAACAGCUACACGAAAAUGAGUCACUCAUGAUUAGGAUUUAUUGUCUUUGAUUAAGCUGCUUGGGUCCUCAUCUUAUUGUAUUAUCCUACUCACUUGGGGUCCAAUGAGAUUGACUAAUUGUAGCAUGCCUCUGUUAUUCAUCUUGCUGCGCUUGUAAUGA